GCGUGGAGGGUCGCAGGGAAGUCAGUGCUGCGGUCUCACACCUCCAGGACCCCACCUUCCGCGGCCCCGCCUCGGUCUUGGCGCCUCCCCGGGGGCGCCGGGCUCCGCGAGCUGCGCUGGCUCCAAAGUGCGUCACGGGCACCGGCUGCGCUCCUCCUGCAGCCGGGGCGAGGCUGGCACCGGGCCAGCGCGGGCCGGGCCCGGGGUUCCGAGCCGUCUCCUGGGCGGGGACCCAGGCGUGGAAGGCGCCCAGGUUGCUCGGUCCUUGGCGCGCUGUUGGGGGCGCCCUCCCGGACGGGCGGUGCGCCAGGCACCGGCCUCCGCAGCCGCCGGGCGCGCGAAGGCUACACUUUCCCUUCUGCCCCCCUGGUUUCCUCCUGCGGGGCGGCAGCGGAGAUUUCCUCUCGGGGAAACUACGCGGAUCCUUCCCGGGGUUCCUCGCCCCGCCCCAGCUCUCCGCCCCCCUCCCCUUGGCUGGGGAGCUGGUGCUGGCCGGCCCCAGGGAGCAGGCUCUGGCAGCCCGGGCCGGGAGGUGGCGGGGGGCCGCGGAGCCGCUGGCCCCUGACUCGUUCCGCCAUGUGACGCUGCCCAACGCCCAGCAACCCCCCGCGCCCCGCACCAUGCUUCUGCUGGGACACGCGCGCGCGCCGCCCGCGCCCCAGCCCGCGCAGCAUCUUGGCCUCCGCAGGCAGGUAGAGCCGCCGGGGCAGCUCCUGCGCCUCUUCUACUGCACUGUCCUGGUCUGCUCCAAAGAGAUCGCGGCGCUCACGGACUUCUCCGGUUACCUAACCAAACUCCUGCAAAACCACACCGCCUAUGCCUGUGAUGGGGACCAUUUGAAUCUACAGUGCCCUCGGCAUUCUACGAUAAGUGUCCAGUCAGCAUUUUAUGGGCAAGAUUACCAAACGUGUAAUGCCCAGGAGCCUGCCUCCCAGAGGGAAGACAGCUUAACCUGUGUGGCACCCACCACAUUGCAGAAGGUGCUGGACGAAUGCCAGAACCAGCGGGCCUGCCACCUCCUGGUCAAUAGCCGUGUUUUUGGACCUGACCUUUGCCCAGGAAGCAGUAAAUACCUCCUGGUCUCCUUUAAAUGCCAACCUAAUGAAUUAAAAAACAAAACCGUGUGUGAAGACCAAGAGCUGAAACUGCACUGCCAUGAAUCCAAGUUUCUCAACAUCUACUCGGCGACCUAUGGUAGGAGGACAGAGGACAGGGAUGUUUGCUCCUCGGAAGCAGAGCGGCUCCCCCCCUUUGACUGCUUGUCUUAUUCAGCUUUGCAAGUGUUAUCUGGGAGGUGCUACGGGAAACAGAGAUGCAAGAUCAUUGUCAACAACUACCAUUUCGGAAGCCCUUGUCUGCCAGGAGUGAAAAAAUACCUCACCGUCAUUUAUGCAUGUGUUCCCAAGAACAUACUCACAGCGAUCGACCCAGCCAUUGCUAACCUGAAACCUUCUUUGAAGCAGGAAGAUGGUGAAUAUGGUAUAAACUUUGACCCACGUGAACCAAGCAUUCUGAGGAAAGAUGGAGUUAUUGUUAGCAACUCUCUGGCAGCAUUUGCUUACAUUAGAGCGCACCCUGAGAGAGCAGCCCUGCUGUUUGUGUCCAGUGUCUGCAUCGGUCUGGCACUCACGCUGUGUGCCUUGGUCAUCAGAGUGUCCUGCACCAAGGACUUUCGGGAGCUGCAGCUGGUGAGGGAACCAAGAAGUGACAAGGCGAAGGAGGACAGCGAGGAAGAACAGGGAGAGGAGGACUCCUCUGACUCUGAUUUUCCAGGAGAAAUGUCAGGGUUUUGUAGGACUUCAUAUCCUGUCUACAGUUCCAUAGAGGCUGCAGAGCUGGCUGAAAGGAUUGAGCGUAGAGAACAAAUCAUCCAAGAAAUAUGGAUGAACAGUGGCUUGGACACUUCACUCCCAAGAAACAUGGGCCAGUUCUACUGAAAACCAGAUGCAUCUUGACGUGGUCACACUUUCCGAAGAGGGAAGGAUACAAAAUGCCCCUCUGGUUCUGUUUCACUUGUACCUUCUAUGAAGGAGAAAUUCUCAUGUCAUCCAAUACUGGUGAAGCCAGAAGCUAUUAAAGGGACAUUUCAAACUGUUUACAGCACAUUUCAAAAUAAAUUAGGAGGAAAGAA